AUGACCGCUGUUGACCAUUUGAUCUCAUAUCUUGUUGCGACCAAAGAUCUUGCAAUUUGCUACGACGGACGAACCGAUCCAUCCCAACUUUUCAAGGUUUUCUCUGAUGCCAGCUUUGCCGAUAAUUCGGACCGAAAGAGCACAUCAGGAUAUCUUUUCACCCUGUACGGUGGCCCGUUUGAUUGGUCGGCCCGGAAGCAACGAACGGUCUCAACAUCAACUACCGAAGCUGAGCUUUUAGCCCUAGCUGCAGCAGGGAAACAACUUCUUUGGAUCAAACGUUUCUUCCGAUCAAUCACCUUUGAUCCGAUGGUUCAGAUGGAAAUCUUUUGCGACAACAAGCCUACAGUUGACUUGAUGAUCAGAUCAAAGUCUGUUUACACAACAAAAUUGCGUCAUGUUGACAUUCAUCGGCACUGGUUACGACAAGAAGUUCAGACCAAAGCACUUCGGAUCAAUUGGAUCCCUUCAUCUGAAAUGCUAGCUGAUGGUCUGACGAAACAAUUCCUCCCACAGAAACACAGAGAUUUCGUCCAAAGGUUGAACAUGGAGGUUCCGCCUAGUUCUCUGACAUCUAUCACGGUGUGA